CGGAGGUGCAGGAGGGAGCAGCCAGCAGUGAGGAGCAGUCAGGCUGUGUUCGCGGAGUGCGCUGCUGUGUUCUGUGGCAUUAUGGCCGACCAGAAAGACGUGAAGUACUACACCUUAGAGGAGAUCCAGAAGCACAACAACAGCAAGAGCACCUGGAUCAUCCUCCACCAUAAGGUGUUUGAUGUCACCAAGUUCCUGGAGGAGCAUCCUGGCGGUGAAGAGGUUCUCCGAGAACAGGCCGGAGGGGAUGCCACAGAGACAUUCGAAGACAUUGGACACUCUACAGAUGCCAGAAACAUGUCUAAAGAAUUUAUAAUAGGAGAACUUCAUCCAGACGACAGAUGGAAAAUCAAGAAACCAGGGGACACUUUUAUUACCACUUCAGAUUCUGAUUCCAGUUUGUGGAGUAAUUGGAUCAUCCCAGCAAUAUCAGCUAUUGUUGUUGCCUUGAUGUAUCGUUUCUACAUGUCAGAAGAGUAAAUGCCACCCAAGGAAUUUCCUGAACAGUUUCCGGUCAAGACCCGAAAACGGAGCAUCAUUCUACGAUGGCCAAUUAUGAUUUUGAUCUAAGUCUGUGUUCAUAUCAUGUCAGUCUUCAAGUCCCCAAAGAAAUGUUAUAUUCGGUUGUUAACUGGAUCCCUACAAUCUGAGCCAUAUAUUCCAAUGUGGAUGGACUUGUUAAAGGAAGUGGAAACUGCUUGUUAAUUUGUGUACACAAUGGUUUUGCUUCAGUCUGUUCAAAAUCUUUCUAUGUUUCAGAUAUGUUUGGUCUUCACUACAUUUAAUAGAUGGAAUACUCUUUAGUGAUGACUGAUAAAUCUGAUCACACUAUUGUAAGUCUCAUACCCAUUUUGUGUUUCCUGUACUUAUUGAAAGCAUUCGGUAUCAGAAAUUGUACUAAGAUGUGUCCUUCAGUGUAUUCUGCAGGCUAUGAAACUUGGCUAGCAGCCAGUUGACUUUCUGGGCGUUCACCAUUUGAGUAUUCAUACUGUAGCCGGUCACUAGAAGUUGUCUGCUAUAAUAUAACACUGCAGAAUGAUGUGUAGUCCCCCCUACUGCUCAGGUAGCAUGGAUGAUAAGUCUACACCAGGUAUGCUGCUUACAGAUGUGAACAUGCAGGGAAAGUACAUCAAAGUGUAGCAACAAUUACCAGUGUUAUUGCAGUAAGGUAGCACCAAUAAGAAUUAUGUAUGGUGUGAAAUUUGUCAGACCUCUGUUCUACAUAGUGCCUUGUACACAAAGCGACUGACAAGUCAGCUCGUUGACGUCUGUCCUUGCGAGCACUCACUACACCUUGUGUAUUUUGGAUUGAAUUGGCAUUUUUGUCACGUUCUUUAAAACCAUUGUUAUUAAUUGUCAGAAGAAUUCUUGACCACCCCUGACUAUUCCAUCUUGUAAUAGUAAAAUAAAAGAAGAUGGUAAAUGUG